AAAGCUAUAUAAAUGCUAAACUGCAAGAAUAACAGAACCUAAGAGUAUGGCAGAUUAAUGAUAGACAUUCCUUCCAUCAAGAAAAACAAACAAAAAAAAACAACCAAACCAACUGCCAUGAAGUCUAUCCUGACUCAUGACCACACCAUGUGUUUCAGAGUAAAGCUAUGCUCCCUAACAUUUUUAACGGCCGUGAUAUUUCAGAAGUAGAUUGCCAAGCCUUUCUUUAUAGGUGCCUAUGGAUGGAUUUGAACAGCCAACUUUUCUGUUAGUAGCUAAGCACUUAACCAUUUGCACCACCCAGGAGAGGUGGGUCUAUUUCCUCUCCUGUUAAAUCUUGGUAGACGAGUGAUUGCUGUGAUCUAUACAGAAAAAACUCGUCUUGUUUCUAUCAAGUCGAUUCUGACUCACAGCGACCCUUUAGGACAGAGCAGAACUGCCCCAUAGAGUUUCCAAGGAGAGUCCGGUGGAUUUGGACUGCCGACCUCUUGGUUAGCAGCUGUAACUCUUAACCACUACGCCACUAGGGUUUCCAUAAUCUAUACAGUGUAGUGGAAAUAAUGCUGUGCUAGUUUCAGGCAUAGCCCAAAAAUGGCCUGGCAGCUUCUAUUUCUUGCCUGUAGGAACAUAGCCACUAAGUAAGAGGUGAGACCACUCUGAGACCACUAUACUGUGAAAACCUGGGCCACGUGGACAGGCCUUGGAGGAAGAGAUUCAUGCAGAGAGAGAGAAAGAGAGAGAGGCCAAGCAAGCCCAAGUCACCACAUAUGUGAGGGAAGCAGCCAUCUAAGUGGAUCCUCCAGCUCCUGCUGCCCCUGCUGACUCCAUGUGGAUUGAAGAGGAAGCAUCUAGACAAGUCCUUACCAAAUUCCCGAUCCCACAAAUCAUGGGCAAAAUAAAAUCAUUGUUUUAAGCCACUAAGUUUGGAUGUAGUUAUGUAGCAAUAGAUAUCUGGAAAAAAGAACGGGAAAAGUAAAUGCAAGAUGAGGAGGAGUGGAGGAAAGAUGAUUCAAGGGAGAAAAUAGGUGAAGGGCAGGGUAAGGAAAUGUGUAACAAUCACCUCUGAGGUACGAGUCCAGCUAGUGAGGGUGGUGAGGAUCUCUAACAAAUGCCCAAAAUGUGGAAGUGGUUUUGAAACUGUGAGUGGAUAGAAGACUCUGAAGGAAGUGAGGAGAACUGUUAACAUCAGAGAAGACACAGAUGUGAGAAACAGCAGCAGAGGACUGGCAGCUGCGUAACUAGGAGACCAAUGCCAGACAGCAUUGGAGCCAACCCACAGAGCAAGAGAACUGAGUGCCUGUGUGCAGGAGGCUUCCUGGUGGAGUGGGGUUGAGCUACAGAGCUUUGGAACAUUUGCCCCAGCAGGGCAGAUACGGGCAUGAGGCUCAAAGAGCUGAGAGGCCAAGAAACCGGGAAGCAGAAGCUCAGACAAAGAACACAAGAAGCCGACCUGCUUCAGUCUCAAAAGUGUAAGGAAGGUGAGCAUGACGAACUUGGAUGCUAUAUGUUGAAGAGCUGGAGUCACAAAAUGGAAGACGAAUGGAUCCCUGGAUCUUUGCCUGGAGAAGAGUCAUAUACCAAUCAGGAACGUGUGUGUAAGAAUUUAAGUGAACACACGAUAAACCUCUAUCAAUUUUAUACCAUUAUACUUGAUGGAGUAGUUUUGUUAUAUCAGCUAGAGUUACCUUAACCAAUACAUACAUGAAUUGUGCUGGUCUAUGUCCCUUGAACAUGCCUCUGGCUUUUGCACAUACUUUUCCUUACGAUUCUCACUGUCUCCUAAUUACCCACAUCCUAAAUGUUAUUCAAGGCCUAGACCAAGUCUAAUCGGCUUCAAGCAUCUUUCUUCCACUUCCUUCAGCCACAUUGAUAUCUUGUUCCCUCAGCUUCCUGUAGCACUCUGUUAUCUAUAUCUCUUAAGUGCCUCUAUCAUAGCUCCAAUUCUGUAUGCUUUGUUUUCCCAAUGAGAUUGUGAGUUCCUCAAAGUUAAAAAAAGAUCACGUUUUUAUGCUUUUUGUGUGACUCUAAAGUGCAUAAUGGUAUUAUACCCUUGGGAAUUUUCAAGAAAUAUUUGUGGGAGAAAUGAGUGUAUAAAUGUAUUAGGCUCAACAAAGUCCAUUUUCCUUAAAAAAAAAAAAAAAGUCCUUCAUUGCCUAAGCGAGAAGGCAUGUAAACUAUAAUUUACUGGAUUAUUAUUCUUUUCACCAAUUGUAUACAUUCUAACACUUUUUGACAACUGCUUGGAGGAGACAGAAGGCAGCCUUAUCAAAUCUCAGAUGACACAAAACUGGAAGUAAUAAAUUAUGCACGAGAUGACAGUAUCAAAACUAGACAAGUUGGAACGAAGCAGAUAAUAUUUAAUAGGGAUAACUCCAUGAUUAGGUUUAAAAAAAUGAGAUGCCCAAUUUCAGCAUGGAAGUACAAGGCUAACACCAAUUUGGAGGGACAAACUUGCAGGUUUUAAUUGGGUGCUAGGUUGACAUGAGCCCAGAGUGAUACUCAGGGCUCUGUCCUUAGUUAGGCUCCAGGCACUAGGGCGCAGUUGAAGUUCUGAGGCUCCAACAUGACACAGGCAUGAAUGAGGUUGCUAGAUGGAGGCAACUGGGACUGGGAUGAAGCCUCAAUGGGGGUAAAGUCCACAGCAAAGGGAGGAAUGAGGUCCCAUAUUUUAAUCUGAGCAAGUUCAGCAUGUGGGUUUAUUUUCUCUUGUAACAUUGGUGUGAAUCUCUUGUCUGAGGACAUCAAUAAGUAAUUUCUGAUGCUAAACUGGUUCCAAUAGGGAAGCCUGAGUUCCCUAAAAGUUUUGCCUCAGAAGUGGAACCCAGUAAGUCUUAAAGAUUUGCUGUCUUACUUUUGGUUCUAAUCUCCAGUGUCAGGGUCACUGUAUUUCACUUGUUUUUGUUAGUUGCUGUCAAAUUGAUUCCAACUCAUGGCAACCUCGUUGUAUCAGAGUAGAACUGUGCUCUGUAGGGUUUUUGAUGGUGGAUUUUUCAGAAUUAGGUUGCCAGACCUUUCUUCUGAGGUACCUCUGGGUGGACUCAAACCGCCAACCUUUAGGUUUGUAGCCCAGCAUGUUAACCAUUUGCACCACCCAGGUACUCCUGUCCUUCACUUCAGACUUCUCAUUUCUGAAGCUGGGAGAUGCCAUGUUAUCUGGGUAAAUUCAAGUAAUCUUUGGAGGAAAGGAGGGAGAGAAGGUAGAUCACAUCAUCUUUGGGCUCAGCUGGGACAGCCAGCCAUUCCAGGAUCCUCAGGCACAUAUUCUCCUAGAAGCCUACAUUUCUUGCUGGGAUUAGAGUACUGGCAAAUAAAGUUUUGCCCUAAGCCUUGGCAUUGGGCCACCAAAAAAGCUAAUACACUUUUAGGCAGUGUUACUAGAAGUCUACCAUCUGGAACAAGGGUGCUGCUCUACUGGUGCUGGUCAGACCACACAGGAAGAAUUGCUUUCUUUCCAGAAACCAUGAUUUAAAAGGGAUACAGGCAAACUGGUGUGUAUCCAAAGGAAAAUGACCAGAAUGUUGAAGGGACUAGAAACCAAAUCAUUACUUUUGGUGGUUCAGGUCAAAGGUCUGGAAGGGGUCAGUAUGGGAGGGGGGUGUUAGGGAGAAUAAAUAUCAAAACUAUCUUCUGAUAUGUGAAUGCUGUCUUGUGAAAGAAUGCAAGCAUCAUAGGCAGUGUCAGAAGGCAGAACUGGCACCAAUGGGCUAAAUAUAUAGGGAUUUAAGCUCAAAAUGAAGACGACUUUUUUUUAAACCAAUAUAGCUCUUCUAAAGUGGAAUAGACUUUGUGAAUUUUAAGUGUUCAAGUAAAGAUUGGGUAACUGCCAUAGAUGCUUUAGCUGGAAUUUAAGAACAUUGGGUAGGAAGUGAAACGAGGGUUCCAAAGUCCCACUCAAAUCUAACGUUCUGUGAUUUCACUAGCCUUUAAAUUAGAACUGUCCUACAGAACGGUGAGGAAAGGAGGCUAUUAUCUGAGAUUAUUUUGGAGUUAGAACCUGGUUCUUAGGAUCUUCUCUUCCCCCUCCCCCCCCCAAAAAAAGGGCAGAACCCAUAGGUUAUUUAGUCUGGGAUAUAUGGGAGGGAAAUAGAGGUUAGUGCCAUUAUAAAAGGAUGCCCAUUCUAAGGGGUAUGGAAAAAGAAAUGUUCAACAAAUACCACAGGACUUUUUUUUUUUCCAGCGGAGUCUCCACGGGAGCGAGGGGAAGGCCAAGGAGGGCAGAAACCCACGUUUGACACUGCGCAAGGUUGACAUGAUGAAAGAAGCAUUAGAAAAACUUCAACUGAACAUAGUCGAGAUGAAAGAUGAAAAUGCAACUUUAGAUGGUGGAGAUGUCCUAUUCACAGGCAGAGAAUUUUUUGUGGGCCUUUCCAAAAGGACAAAUCAACGAGGUGCUGAAAUCUUGGCUGAUACUUUUAAGGACUAUGCAGUCUCCACAGUCCCAGUGGGCAAUAAUUUGCAUCUGAAGAGUUUCUGCAGCAUGGCCGGGCCUAACCUGAUUGCAAUCGGGUCCAGUGAAUCUGCACAGAAAGCCCUGAAGAUCAUGCAACAGAUGAGUGACCACCGCUACGAUAAACUCACUGUGCCUGAUGACGUGGCUGCAAACUGUAUAUAUCUAAAUAUCCCCAGCAAAGGGCACGUCUUGCUGCACCGAACCCCAGAAGAGUAUCCAGAGAGUGCAAAGAUUUAUGAAAAACUGAAGGACCAUAUGCUGAUUCCUGUGAGCAAUUCUGAACUGGAAAAGGUGGAUGGGCUGCUCACUUGCUGCUCAAUUUUAAUUAACAAAAAGGUGGACUCCUGAGUCCCAGAGUCCCUCCUUGUAGCCGGUGAUACCGCACACACAAGGCCGAUGACUCUGUACCCACUUCUGUUGUUUUCAUUGACAAUCUACUGUGCCACUGUGCUACUAACUCUUGUUUACAAAGAUUUAAUUUUAAUUUUAAUUGCUCAUUUUUGUGCCCCACCCUCUCUCCCCUCACGGUGGUACCUAAGCUGUGGAUUUGCUAAAUGAAUUAAGCAAUUUAGAAAAUAUAGAGCUAAUGAACUAUUGAAAUGUGAAUAAUAAUAGUAAGGAAACACUCAUUUUAGUGUUUGUAUUUUCAGUAUGAAAAUCAUUUUGUUGCCAAUAUAUUGGGAAGAAUAUCUUCUUAAUCAGUCAGAUAAUUUGGGGUUUUUUUUUUUGUUCUAUGUCAUGAAUCAUCUUUGAUUCCUGUGAAAUUCCCUGGUCCAUGUAUCUUCCUCCUUUCCCUCUUACUUUGUUCUGCACUCAGAACAUUCUUUCCAGUUAUUUUCUUUUGCCGUUCUCACUUCUAUCGCCAUCACCUUAACCUUAGGUAAACCCCGAGGUCUUCCCUUCUGGAUACCUUCCUCCAAGUCCUCUCUGUCUGCCAUCGGUCUCCUCUGCCUCACAGCUGCAUCUCCUGAGCCCCCAGAGGAUCUCGUAGGCUCCUCAACAGAACCAUGACCAGAAUUGGAAUAUUUCGGGGAGUCUUACUACACAGAGGCGCAUCCUCACAGGGUUCGCCCCAGAGAUCUAAAUUCCAGAAGAAGUAGGGCACCACGUUUAGGAAGGUAAAUUCAGCACCAGAUGGUUGCUAAGGGAUUGUAGAUCAAGAAGCUUGCAAACACCCCAUGAGUACAAUAUCUUAAAAAGUCUUUAAGUCAUAUUCCAUGAAUUUUUGUUUCAUUAUUAGGCAUAUACAGGCCUUGGAGAAAAGUCUUGCUUUUUCCUUAUUCAGCCCAUUUCUAUUUCCCCCCAUCCUGACUCAAUCUCUUUCCAGCCUUCUACACUCUACAGUUAUCCUGUUCUAGCAACGGUAUUUCUUUCAAAAGAGAUGUCCCAUCUAAAAAUGGUUAUUAAUGGUAUAGAUUAAUGGUAAUGGUAAUUAAUGGUAUAGAUUAGCCCAGAGAGAAUAGAGCCUCAUAGUCAUGGAGCAUGUUCAGGAAGUAUUUGAGACUAACUUCAGACAAUGGACAAUUCUACUUUGAAACGUCCAUGAAUAUUUACUGUGGAAUUCAAGUAAAACUUCUUUCUUCAUAUUAUACAGCUAUAAACUGACAUGGUCUCUUACAGAACAGUGCCACACUGGAGGAAGAGAGCACUGUCUUUUAUUUAAACCUGAAAGAGAUGGCCUAUUAGCAAGCCAGGGAAGUGGUACUUUCCAAGAAAUGGUGACUGAUUCAGGCAUGUUAUCAAACUUCCCAGUCAUCUCCACCUUUCCUGUAUUGCCUGUGGCUUGUUGUUUAAGAUUAAGAAUCAGGGAGAUUAAGAAAUAUUACUUCGAGUCUUGCUCUGUUCACCUAUACUUUCGUAAUCAAAUAUUCCCUGUGUUGGUGACCAAGAGAGAAUUACCAUCACUGAUUUCAACUCCCUCUUCACAAUGGAAGUGAUAAACCUCUGAAAGAAAUCAAGACAUCUUUAACCACUGUCUUUUGCAUUUAUUUAAUGACUUUAUGCCAGAAAUUUUAAGAGAUUUCUUUUACUCCUUCUCUUGUUUGUUGCUUAACUUUUAAACUCAUAUCACAUGCUUAAUUAUGUGCAUCCUGUGAAUGAACCAUACCUUGGUCACUGUCAUAUUUCAGACAGUCUCAUGGAUGAAUAAUUUGUUUCUUGCCAGAAGGAGAAUGCAUGUUAACCACAUGGCUAAGUUAGUAAAGAAAACUUAUUCUCAGCAGAUAUGGUUGCCCUUCUGAGUUAAAUCUGGCCCUACACUGGCAAAAGCAGAAAAUCUCCCUGAAAGAGUUCAACAUCGCAGAAGAAUCACAGGGAAAAUAACUCAGUUAGUCAGUUUAGGGUUAAUAUUAAAGACUACUGGCAUAUACUUUUUCGUAUCUUUACUUCUAUCAUCCCUAAUUAAGAACUGAUCCCUAUUAUGGGUAAUCAAUUGCAAGUGAAUCGAUUUUUCUUUUGAACAAUUAUUCUGCAGAAGGCUGAUUUCCACUUCUCCUUUCCUUUGCUCCUUUCUCUCUUUCCUUCUCUUUGUCUCAAGAAAUCACUUAGAAUCUGUGCGCCUCUUAUACAGAAUGGUAUUCUGCACAGCUACAUUACCUUCUAAGCUGGCUUCUUUGGACUUCCUAUGUGGUAUGAUGAUGUGAAAACCUGUAACACUUGCAGAAUAAUAGUAUUACUUCUUUGAUGCUCUCGUCAGCAUACUGUUAACCUUGAAAAGGAAAGGUUACCCAUUACGUAUGUUCCUCCCUCUUGUCCAUUGUGACUUAUGAGAAUAAAUAAACUAACAGAAACUGCUGUUCGACGUUAUACAGAUGUAAAAAAAAUUAUAUUUAAGGAAACUAAAAGUUGAGUCAGAAUUACUUGGUCGGUAAGAUUCAAUUUAAUAAGAACAUUUUAGAGAAAGUACAUUAUUAAGUGUUAUUUCUUCAACUAUGACGGAUUGCUAUAGAAAUCAACAGAUGGAUCUCUGUAAUGUGUACUGAUUGCCCUUUUAAGAUACUGUAAACAGAUAACUAAGGUCAUCUCUUCAUGUCUAAAGGGGGGAAAUAGUCUGUAGAUGAAUAAUGUGACUUUAAUAUAGAGUUGCAUGUUAGUCAGUAAUUAUUUACUCUUUAACACUCUACAGAAUUCAGACAUGAUCUCAACAUGGUGUUCGAUUUGUGCGUUUUAUUUUACUGACCAUCUCGUUCCAGCCAAUGUACGGUUAUCCACUCUGUGUGCCAAAACCAGUAAUGCCUUUCACAACCCUUUGGUCCAGAGAAGUUCUGCACUGAUUUGAGUUUCUUGCUGUCCCAACCCUACAUGUAUACCAAUCACGAGGGAAUAAAGUGUGAAUUGUACUGUGA